AGUACCUCUGAGGAAAAGCGGCCAACCAGUGACAGCGAGCAGAACUAUUGAUGUCUUGAUUUUGUUGGGCUUUCUGACUGCAUUCCAAAGUCCAGGAAAACAUCACAGGCACCAGCUAUGAAGCUGGUACCCAUCUUUCUGCUGGUGACCAUUGGUAUUUGUGGAUAUUCUGCCACUGCCUUUCUCAUCAACAGUGUCCCUCUUGUUGACAAAGUACCUUUACCUUUGGACAACCUUAUUCCCUUAUUUGAUCCCUUGAAGAUGCUUCUGAAAACCCUGGGCAUUUCUGUAGAACAUCUGGUGGCAGGGCUGAAGAAGUGUGUGGACGAGCUGGGGCCAGAGGCUUCAGAGGCCGUGAAGAAGCUUCUGGAGGCUCUAUCACACCUGGUAUAAAAUCUGCAUAAAGAGAUUUAAGGUGGGAGUGUAAAGAGAAGGAUGUGCUCCCUUUGGCUGUCUGGAUCUCAUUCUAUCAUUUGUAAAGUGAAUGUCCUAGAGUUUAGGGAGUCUAGAAAAGUAUGAAUAAAGCAAUGAAAAGA